AAGACUGCUGUACCUUUAAACAAAUUUAAUACAUUUAUGUGGGGAAAAAAGACAAACUCAAGACCCCAUCAAGAGUAAAGCACAGAAGAACAACUAACUAAAUACACGGAUGUCCCAUAUUUUUUGGUGUCAUUAACUCUCGGAUAUAUCAGCCUUUAGGCUCAUGAAUGUUUUAUUUGUUCUUUCAUAGGUCUUCCCGAGAGAUAACCAAUUGGAUACUGAACAAACAAACAAAAAGAGUAAUCAGACUCCACUGACCUGUUUAACCUUGAUUGUGAAGGAUGAAAAGCAGCAGCCGCUUUCUGCGGAACAGGGCUUCUGGUGGCACUUGCUUCUUUCCUUUUGGAUUACAUUGGCAUAAAGACAUCAAGAUAUUGAACUGAUAAUGUUGUGAGUUUAUACAUGCCAGGCUGUGUUCCAUCACUUUUUGAAGCAGUCUCGUUGCUUAGGUCCAGAUUCAUUCCACCUGUCCUCAAGGCACACGAGUUGGGAAUGCAGUCAUCCCGAGCACACUGAAGAGCAGCUUUGGUAAUGAUCUGCUGACAUGGCUGAACAAAGGCAACGUGCUUUGUCAACAUCAGGGGAAGCAUUAUAUGAAAUCCUGGCCCUAGAGAAGGGAGCAACGCAUGAUGAGAUUAAGAAGUCCUACAGAAAACUGGCUCUGAAAUAUCAUCCUGACAAGAAUCCAGACAAUCCAGAGGCUGCAGAAAAAUUUAAAGAGAUCAACAAUGCGCAUGCAACACUGACUGAUCUGUCCAAGCGAAACAUAUAUGACAAGUAUGGAUCAUUAGGGCUCUAUGUGGCAGAACAGUUUGGUGAGGAAAAUGUUAACACCUACUUCAUGCUCUCAAGCUGGUGGGCAAAGGGCCUGUUUGCAGUCUGUGGUCUGCUGACGGGCUGCUACCUCUGCUGCUGCCUCUGCUGCUGCUUCAACUGCUGCUGCGGAAAGUGUAAACCCAAAGCACCUGAAGGGGAUGAGCAUGAGUUUUGUGUGUCUCCAGAAGAUUUGGAAGAGCAAAUUAAGAAUGACAUGGAAAGAGAUGGAGAAACUCCUAUCGUGCUUCAGCCGACUAACGCAACUGAGAAGACACAGCUAAUAGGGGACAGCCACCGGAGCUAUCACACAGACUCCUAAAGCAGGCAAACAUGACCCAUUGGUGCUUCCCACUGAGCGUCACAGAGAGAAAAAACGUACGAUAAGUUCUGCAGCCUAUAUUCGUAGUUGUCUUUAAGCUAAUGAAGAGUAACCUCAGAGUAAUUUCCUAUCAAGGCAGAAUCUCCCUCUAGCCCACUUCCAGUAGGUUGAUACCUACACCCUGCACAGGGAUACUUAUGGUCAGUAUAGGGCUCUACAGAUCAGCAUGCUGGUCUCUCACAGCUUCAAACUGCCGGGCUCGGCACAGUCUUUCCCUCUAAUAAUACGCUGUAUGGUAUAGUUGCUCUCCUUCCUGCCCUCAGCUGGGGUUUCACCUCGCAGACACAGUCCUGAGUCCCUUUUCAGACACACCGGCUCCAUCUCUCCAUAUCCUGGGAACACUCCUCACAUGGAACAGUUUUGCUAGAUGUGAAACAUUCCUGUGAGGGAGCCCUGGAAAUGCUCUUUAGCAGACCUCAGAGGGAAUGUCAGCGGCAAGGCAGACAGGGCUGUCAUGCCCAGAAGAAAAUGCUCUUUAGAAAGAAGCUAACAGCUUGCUGAGCCCAACCCUGGCAAUUAUAAACCUCAGCCUGGACGAGGUGCUCAGGGAUCGUUCUGCUGGUGGUUACAACACAGGUCACUCCAAAUCCAGGAGCCUCAUCCAGCACCUAAGCACAUGUAGGCUCUGUGUCCUCCUCUGCACAAGCUGCAAACCCAGGAGAUGGUGGGCAAACACCUCGUGAAGGGGGAGGCUGGCCCUGCUCUGCCCCAGAGCCUCUCCCCUCUCCCUGUAGCUGGUGACAGCACCGUGGCAAAGAUCCCCCAUUCCAUGGACGGGCCUGCCGCCUGUGCGGGGCGGCCCCGGCUUCUCCGUCUGCAGCUGCAAUGUGCUGGAAAUUGGUCCCCAGCCAGCAGCUUUCUACCGGCUUGCUUACUGCACCGUGCCCCUGGCUGUCAGCCCCGCUGUCCUGCUGGCACUGGGCUGGGAGCCAUCAUGCCAGCGCUGGCACCGGGGCUGCGGGACCAGCAAGGACUUGGCAAGACAGGCAAGCAGCAGAGGAGAGACCGUCCUCCUCAUCGCCCAGCUCAUCGGGGUGAGCCUGGGUCCUCCCCUCUGCCCCAGCCACAAGGGCUUUAAGAGCACACAGCGUGCUUUUGAGUAAAGAGGUAGGGAUGAGAUGUACGUUCAGGUGUACCACUGCACAAAUCAGUGGAGAUAAGUGUGGUGUGGCUAAAGUAAGCACAAAGAAAUUAGGCCUCUAAUUUGUAAGAGCUAAAGAAAUACCUCUGAGAUCUUAAACUUAGCAUUUCACUGGUUUGACAUAGUAGUUUAAGCCUUAGACAGCUGAAUUUCUCUUUAUUGAUCAUGUUACAUCAAUCAUUGUCAGUUCUGUGCAUUUGCUAUUUUUCCUCCUCUAAUCACAGUGCUGUGGUCCAAAGGGGGACAUAAUGUACCACUAAAUUAUAUAGACCAGUGAAUAUAUAGCUAGUCAAAAGUGUUAUUCCCUUCCUUAAAAUUGGAUUCUGUGGUUGUGAAACAUUAUUGUCUUCCUUCUAUUCUCACCUUUCACAUCAAAUGUCAUUCAGUGGCAGCUUAAUAUAUGGGAAAAGAGUGUGUUUCAUCCCACUAGCUGUAACUCCAAAGGCAAGAAAUAGUACUAUUAACAUUUCUUUAAAGUCCCCAUAGCACAUGGACAUUUUAAAAGCCAUUAAUUCCAGUUCAGGUUAUAUAUCUGUUCUCCAGGUGCAGGCACCGGGGCCAGCUAAUGCUCCCAUUGCCCUCAGAAAUACCCCUGUUUUUCUGCUCCUGAGAAGAGGGGAAGUCCUGGCAUGGCUGGGGCUGUGCACAGGCACUUGCUCCUCUCCUACCCGUGAGCUCCUCUUUGUCCUCAGUUGCAUGUUGCAAAUAGUUUUGGAGGCCACUCAUAUGUGGGUAAACCCAGACUGCCGUCCUGCCUGCCCAGCAGUGCUGGAGGGAUGUGCCCAUCCAUCCUGGUGGUCCCAGGGGAGGGGGGGGUUGUGACACCAUCCUGCCGCUGAGGAGACAUGACCCCAGAAGGCACGUUCCCAGCAGUAGCCGAGUGGCUGGAUCAGACAGCACAUGCAUUGGGGUGCUGGUGCUGCGAGACAGGCAGGGUGCAGCCACUGGGUACGUGCUGGGGUACGCCAGCACCCACUCACUCCACUCACACACAUGCAUCUUUUGGCUUUCUUCACUAUUCCCCUUUGCACAGUGUUUGCUCUGGUGUAAGAUGUUAUCACCAAACGAAGGAGUAGGGAGAGCACAUAGUAUGUAAUAAAUCUGCAGGUGAAGUGAUUUCCUAAGUUUCACUGCCUGGGAGAGAAAUUCGCUGUGAAAGUGUAGUGACUAUGUAGUUUCCAGCAGAGAGUUGGGAAAAGCCUCAGGAGAAAUGUCUAGUGUAAAGCUACAUGUUAUAUGUAGAACCUGAGUCCAGGGGAGGGCCACGAAUAUGAUCAGAGGGCUGGAGCACCUCUCCUGUGAGGACAGGCUGAGACAGUUGGGAUUGUUCAGCCUGGAGAAGAGAAGGCUCCAGGGAGACCUUAUAGCAGCCUUCCAGUACCUGAAGGGGCCUACAGGAAAGCUGGAGAGGGACUGUUUACAAGGGCAAGUAGUGACAGGACAAGGGGUAAUGGGUUUAAACUAAAAGAGGGUCGAUUUAGAUUAGAUGUAAGGAAGAAAUUCUUCCCUGUGAGAGUGGUGAGGCACUGGAACAGGUUGCCUAUAGAAGCUGUGGAUGCCCCUCCCUGGAAGUGUUCAAGGCCAGGUUGGAUGGGGCUUUGGGCAACCUGGUCCAGUGGAGGGUGUCCCUGCCCAUGGCAGGUGAUCUUUAAGAUCCCUUCCACCUCAAACUGUUCUAUGAUUCUAUGAUUCUAUGAAUCCUUUCCUGUGUGAAAUCCCUCCUUCUGCUCCCAUGGAAGUCACUGAGAAUUGCACCCUUGAUUUCAACAGCAGCUACAGGGCAGGCCUAAAGCCAGGGAGGGAAAGGUAAAUCCUAGAAUAGCAAAAGGAAAUGGAGAAUUUUUUCACAUGCACCACCUUCGAUGUCCCUCAGGACCCCACUCUUUGGCCAGAGCCAAAGUUUACUGAAAUCAAGGAAAUUAUCUCCAUGGGCUUGAGACGUACCGCAAGUCAUGUGCUUCUUACUCGCUCUUUCUAAAGCGAAUCUAGAAAUAUUUUUCUUGGGAAAGAUUUAUGACUCGAUCUUGCAAUGUGAUGCAAAGAUGGACAAACUGCUGCAUGUUUGCAAAGCCCUUUUACAGACAUGGGGAUCUGUACAGAAGAGCCACAAGGUAUUAUCUCAGUUAGCCAAAAACCUCAGAACAAACCAGUGACCAAGCUUCUGAGUGGGUUCUCCAGGAUUUGCAGCUUAAAAAUCUGAGUGUCUGAACCCAUGGUUUAAUUUCAAAGAGAAAACUUAGUUUUCAGAGUACCAGGGCAUUUGCCUCUCUCACUGCUGUCAGGACCAGCAAUUCUGAGGACAUAUGGAGAAAGGAUGAAUAAGGAUUUCAGGACUUAGCUCUUCGAUGCAAUCUUACUCAUUUGUUAGCUUUUCAGAAAAGUUCCUUACAUUAACAUGGGUAUGCUCACAUGAUCUGUUUCUGUGUAAAGUUCAGUUGCACAUUCAUUAAUCCUCUUAAAAUGUACAGAUCCUCACAUUUUUGUUCUGUUUUGCUGCAUUUAUUUAUAUGUAAAGUACUAUACAUUAAAAUCUACCUUUGCUGUCAGCCAACCACUCUGACUAAUAAAGGUUGUAUGUA